UUGCUAUGCGGGCGUGGGAUUCGGAAGAGAAGUGAGAAGUCGAUGUAAUAUAGUGAUUUUUUAUGGUAUUUGACAGCUACAAAAAAUAUGCACUCUCUUCAAGUAAGGUUGGACAAUGCACAUGACGACAGUGUCUGGAGCUGUGCCUGGGGAAGACUUAAAAAGAAAAAAGAUGACGAAAACUCGGAAAAUGCUGGAGGUGACAACUCGAGGGAUUCCAUGACUACUGAAGAACCAACUGAUUACAUUGUAACCGGUGGUGUUGAUGACCUUGUAAAGGUUUGGCAGUUUAGAGAUGACCAAUUGAAGUUGAAACACAAACUGGAAGGUCAUUCCCUUGGUGUCGUGUGUGUUGACAUCAGUUCGGAUGGAACAACCUGUGCAUCUAGUUCUCUUGACUCCAGCUUAAGGCUGUGGGACCUUAACACUGGUGAGAAGAUAGGGAACAUUGAAGUUGGCCCUGUAGACAUAUGGACUGUGGCCUUCUCACCUGAUGACAAAUUCAUUAUUUCUGGGAGUCAUUCAGGCAAAAUUAAUAUGUACGGUGUUGAAUCUGGGAAGCAGGAACAAGUUCUGGAUUCCAGAGGAAAAUUUACGUUGAGUAUAGCAUAUAGUCCUGAUGGCAAAUACAUAGCAAGUGGUGCUAUUGAUGGUAUCAUUAACGUGUUUGACGUUAGCUCAGGAAAACUUGUACAUACGCUUGAAGGUCAUGCUAUGCCUAUACGCUCCCUGUGCUUCUCUCCAGACUCCCAGUUAUUGCUGACAGGAUCGGACGACGGUCACAUGAAGCUGUAUGAUGUGCAGCACGCUAAUGUUGUCGGAACACUCUCAGGACAUGCUUCGUGGGUGCUGAGUGUCGCAUUUUCACCAGACAAUCAACAUUUUGCUUCAGGCUCUUCUGACCGCACAGUACGCAUAUGGGACCUCAGCAAUAGACAGUGUGUUCACACAUUCAAUGAGCACACAGAUCAGGUGUGGGGUGUGAAGUACAAUCCUGAUGGCAACAAAGUUGUCUCAGUGUCGGAAGAUCGUUCCAUCAACGUGUACGAGUGCCCCAUCUGAAAUGUAACAGAGGGCAGAAUGUCUGUAUUGAAAUCUCACAGCUUUUUGGCUACAGUCAGAGCACACUGGGAGCCAGGCUCAGUGUACAAAACACUUGCCGGCUGGUAUCUCCCGUUGUUGGAGCUUGUGGUUUUCCAUGUUGUGAAAGCACUGUGGUUAAAAUAAUGAAGUGAUGAAAUGAGAUUGUGUGCAUUUAAGUUCUGUUUUGUGUUGUUAACAGGAAAAAUUCUAUUUAAUCAAAAUAAAAUGCAAUUUAUUUAAA